GUUUUGGUCACAGCGAGGAGGGCACUGCAAAGUCAGUUCAGUUCCCUGGAAACUUCAUCAUGCGUCCCUUCGCAGCGAUUCUGCGCGCGGGCGCCCGUAUCUCGGGUGCUCCAAAACGUUCCCUCACGCAUCUGGCACGCACAACCUUCUCGCAGACUCUCCUGAACAUCCCGGAGACCCGCGUGACCACCCUGUCCAAUGGUGUUCGCGUUGCCACCGAGAAUAAUGGAGGUCCGACGGCUACCGUCGGCGUGUGGAUCGAUGCAGGAAGUCGAUAUGAAACCGAAACCAACGGUGUCGCUCAUUUCUUGGAGCACAUGGCUUUCAAGGGAACCGAGAAGCGCAGUCAGACCGAUCUCGAGCUUGAGGUCGAGAACGCCGGAAUGCACUUGAACGCCUACACCUCCCGGGAACAGACGGUCUACUACGCCAAAUGUCUUACCAAGGACGUGGCAAAGGCGGUCGACAUCAUCGCCGACAUCACUCAGAAUCCUAAGUUGGGCGAGCAAGAAAUCGAGCGCGAGCGAUCUGUGAUCCUCAGAGAGAUGGAGGAGGUUGAAGGCAACCUUCAAGAGGUGGUGUUCGAUCAUCUCCACUCGGUGGCAUACCAAGGAACCCCUCUCGGCAUGACAAUCCUCGGUCCCACUGAGAACAUCAAAUCCUUGAAGAAGCAGGAUCUUCAGACCUACAUCAAGGAGCACUACACUGGUUCUCGUCUCGUGAUCGCUGGAGCCGGCGGAAUCGACCACGACGAACUCGUGAAGCUCGCCGAGCAGAACUUCGGCAAAGUGUCUAACUCGAUGGAUCAGAAGGUCUAUGACGUAAUGCCCUGCCGCUACACUGGAUCCGACAUGAGAGUGCGUGACGACGACAUGCCUUUCAUGCACGCAGCCAUUGCUGUCGAGGGUGCUGGCUGGAAGAAUCCGGACAACAUUCCUCUCAUGAUCGGCAACACCAUGAUCGGCUCGUGGGAUCGCUCCCAUGGAGGUGGAAACAACGCGACCUCUCGACUCGCCGCGGCUUACGCAGCCGAUCCGGACCAGGUGGUUCAUUCUUUCCAAUCGUUCAACACCUGCUACAACGACACCGGUCUCUGGGGAAUUUAUUUCGUAGCGACCAACGGUGUCGAAGUUCAACGGGCGGUCCUCCAAAUUCAAGAGCAGUGGAUGAGGCUCGUGACCGGCGCCACCGAAGCCGAUGUCACCCGAGCGAAGAACCUUCUCAAGACAAAUCUCCUCCUACAGCUCGACGGAACCACAUCCAUCUGCGAGGAUAUCGGACGUCAAAUGCUCUGCUACGGACGACGAAUCCCUCUCCACGAACUGGAGGCUCGUAUCGAUGCCGUGGACGCAGCGACGCUCCGAAAGGUCUGCGAGGAGUAUCUCUAUGACAAGUGCCCCGUCGUCGCCGCGGUCGGUCCCGUCGAAGGUCUUCCCGAUUACACGAUUCUUCGGGGCCACAUGUGGCAGGUUCGGCUCUAGGCGAAUUCGAAUUUUCAUUCUAGUUAGUCGUAAGCUGGUUCGAAUGACUCAUUUGAGAAAUGCAACCCCACGGGGAGGGGUGUCGGGACAUGGGCAAAUGGGCAACGGAGACGUGGGAACGAGAUAACGAAGCAGUGGCAUGUUGCUGCCAAUAAAGUCUGGUUAUAAGUCAA